CCGCCAAUCUCGACCGUCAGAUCAAAGUAUCGACCCCGCACUCUUCAGCCAUCAUUCUUGAUUCUUUCCCUCCCUCGCAAGCUUUCUUCAACAAGACUUGGGAUCCAGUUAUUGUUCCUCUCCUCAAAUUCCUACAGUCCACGGGAUCGCCAUUGCUGCUCAACGUUUACCCUUAUUUCGACUAUGUUCAGUCCAAUGGAGUUAUACCGCUUGACUACGCGCUUUUUCAGCCUCUCCAAGCAAACAAAGAAGCUGUAGACGCCAACACGUUGUUACAUUACACAAAUGUUUUUGAUGCAAUCGUCGACGCAGCUUAUUUUGCAAUGUCCUAUCUUAACUUCACCAACAUUCCAAUCGUGGUCACAGAAUCUGGAUGGCCAUCUAAAGGAGGCCCGUCUGAGCACGACGCAACUGUAGAGAACGCAAACACUUACAAUAGCAAUUUGAUACAGCACGUGAUCAACAAGACCGGAACGCCAAAACACCCGGGAACUGCAGUUACUACAUACAUUUACGAGCUUUACAACGAAGAUUCGAGACCAGGACCUGUAUCUGAGAAGAACUGGGGGCUGUUUAAUACAAACGGGACUCCGGUUUACACUUUGCGUUUGGCGGGUGCAGGGGCUAUUCUGGCGAAUGAUACAACAAACCAAACGUUUUGUAUAGCGAAGGAAAAGGUUGAUAAAAAGAUGCUUCAGGCAGCUCUUGAUUGGGCUUGCGGUCCAGGGAAAGUCGAUUGCUCUGCACUGAUGCAGGGAGAAUCCUGUUAUGAACCCGAUGACGUGGUUGCACAUUCCACUUAUGCGUUUAAUUCUUAUUACCAGAAGAUGGGGAAAGCUUUAGGAAGCUGUGAUUUCAAGGGAGUAGCUACAGUCACCACAACUGAUCCAAGUCGAGGAACAUGCGUGUUCCCUGGAAGUGCGAAAAGCAAUCAGACACUUGGAAACAACACCAUGGCACUGGCCCCUUCAGCGAACUCUACAACCUCUGGGUGUAUCCCAAAGUACUAUCAUCACCCUCACGCAUCAACAUUACUCUCCAUUCUACUGAUCGUUGCCUUAGUAUUCUUGUAGAAACUCUGAAAGAACGAACAACAACUCUCGAUUCUUGUUUCCCUAAAAAUUUAACUUCUUUCUUUGCAACACUUGAGACAAAAAAAAAAGAGCUCGGUGGUUUUGUUCCCUCUGUGUCUAGCUGUCUACCCAGUUUUGUUGACCAUCUUCUUUAACAAGAAGUUCAUGGAGGGUAGCCUGUAGGUUCUCGGCUUCAAGAUCAUCGAUGAUUGUAAACUAAUUCCUGUGAUGAAAGCUUGACUCUUUCUUUUUUUUACU